UGCAUUCCGCCUUGGAUGAGUCGCAGCUGCAGGACUGGGAGUACUCCUCAGGCACGACUCCUAGGCGGAGACAGAUUUGCACUUAAAUUCGCAGUGCCGCCUGCUUUCUUUGCCGCGGAUUCUGACAGUUGUCCUGCUCCAGUGCGCGCGUGCGGACUCAGGCUGCGGGGGCUCGAGCGCGGGGACCACAACUCCCAGAGUGCUUCGCGUCCUCGCCACAGCCCCGGGCCGCAGUUCUGUGCCAGUGCGCAUGCGCACUCAGAUUGCGGAGCCUCGGGCGCGGGAACCACAAUUCCCAGAGUGCUCCGGCCGCUUGCUGCCGCCGCCGCCGCCGCCGCCGAGACCAAGAUGGCCGGGAGACUCGCCGCCUUCCUCAAGGAUGCCUGGGCCAAAGAGCCGGUGCUGGUCGCGUCCUUCACCAUCGGGGGCCUCGCUGUGAUUCUGCCCAUCUUCAGUCCCUUCACCAAAUAUGCCACCAUGAUCAACCAGGCCACACCCUACAACUAUCCAGUGCCCCUCCGAGAUGAUGGGAACAUGCCCGACGUGCCCAGCCACCCCCAGGACCCCCAGGGCCCCAGUCUGGAGUGGCUGAAGAAAUUGUGAGCACCUCUGGUGACAUGGAGGUGGCCCCUUCCCUGUAGUCAAUAAAAUGCAUAGAGUGACCCCAGCA